AUGGUCUUUGCCGCUCGCCAGCUACAACAGAAGUGCCAGGAGAUGCAAGCUCAUCUCUACGCUACCUUCGUAGACUUGUGGAAAAUCUUUAAUGCGGUAAAUCACGAGGGACUAUGGAAAAUCAUGCAGAAAUUCGGCUGUCCUGAACGAUCCAUACACAUAAUACGCCAGCUCCACGACGGGAUGAUGGCACGCGUCACGAGCAUCGGCACAAUCUCCGAGGCAUUUGUAGUGACUAAUGAAGUAAAGCAGGACUGCUUUCUCGUGACUAACCCCUUCAGUCUCAUGUUCACUGCUAUGCUGAUUGACGCCUACCCUGAUGAGCGUCCUGAGAUGCGCAUGGCCUACAGAACUGAUGAACAUUUUCUCAACUGCAAGCGCACGCAGGCCCCAACGCAACUGUCUGCGACUGCAGUUCAUGACUUGCUCUUCGUCGACGACUGCACGCUCAACACCAGGACCGAAGUAGACAUGUGA